ACUGUACCCGGCUGAACUGUGACAUCGACGCCGGGGCUUUUGUUCCAUCUCCUUCUGGACCGAAAUACAAACAACGCGAGCGGGCGGCUUCCCAUUCCCGGUCACCAUCACUAUCCGUCUCUGACCGGCCGACCUGUCUGCCGCCUCUCCCGGCGCUGUCUCCCCCCGCCCGAACGCCAGCGAAACCGACAUGUUUGGUUGUUUACAACCGCUGUCGAAUGGAAUAUAACUGAGGCUGAAGGAACUGAAGUGCUUCAAUCUAAAUCAAGAAUAUGCGAGAAAAAAGAAAUGAUUCUGUAGACUUCGUCAAGGAUUUCCAGGAGUAUCUCACUCAACAAACACAGCAUGUAAACAUGAUUUCGGGUUCCGUUUGCAAUGAAAAGGAACCAGAAUUACUUCAGCCUGCUGGAACAGAAAAUCAUCAAAAUGGAAUCCAUCAUGCAUCUGUGGAAGUUUCCCUUGAUGAUGGCUCUGGGAUGAUAGGAGAAGGGCCAGAAAGAACAGCUGAUGGAAAGUUGAAGUGUCAGUACUGUAACUACGCUAGCAAAGGGAUAGCACGACUGAUGGAGCACACCAGAAUGCAUACAGGUGAGAAGCCCCACAGAUGCCAUUUAUGUCCGUUUGCAUCAGCUUACGAGCGUCAUCUGGAAGCACACAUGCGCUCACAUAGAGGUGAAAAACCAUACAAAUGUGAACUCUGCCCAUUCCGUUGCAGUGAUCAAAGUAACUUGUCUCAUCAUCGUAGGCGCAGACAUAAACUUCUUCCUCUGAAAGGACGCAGGGCUUCAAUGACCAAUAAAAGAAUGAUGGGAAUCUUGCAGAAAAGGUCCAGCUACUCCCUGAGUUAUGGAAGAAGACCAAUGAUUAAUUUCAGUCCUCCACCAAUGCUGAUGCAGAAGACAGAUUAUCUUGAUGAGUUUUCGCACAGUAUAUCAGCCGAAUCUUAUGAGGCUCUGGGAAAGGCACAAAUUAGUGGCAUAUCAAAGGAUGUACAGGACAUGGUGGAUAAUCCAUUAAACCGGCUAUCCGCCUUAGCUGGCCAGCUUUCCAGCCUUGCACAUGAUGUCCAAACUCCAGCAUCUUCUGAUAUGGCAACCUGCAGGGAUGAAAAACCAUUUGUAAUACAACAGUGUAUAGCACCAACAAUUACCACUGUGGUCUCGAGUGUGGCACAAAGUUCAUCCAAUGCUAGCCCUGAUAGACAUCCAGUGCAUAACCAGAGAAACUUCAGUCCUGUUGCAGGACCAAAUAGUGAGCGCAGUGCUCAAAUGAGCUCACCUUGCAUGACAAACAGCCAACCUAGCACCCCUACUCUUCCAGUUCAAGUCCAGGAUCCACAGUUAUUGCACCAUUGCCAGCACUGUGACAUGUAUUUUGCUGACAAUAUCCUAUAUACCAUUCACAUGGGGUGCCAUGGCUAUGAGAAUCCUUUUCAAUGUAACAUAUGUGGAUGCAAAUGUAAAAAUCAAUAUGACUUUGCUUGUCAUUUUGCCAGAGGUCAGCAUAAGCAAAUUUAAUCUUAUUUGUGUUAAUAAACCAUUUAAAAACUAA